CGCCCGCCCGACCAAUGGGAGCGGCGGUUGUUAGCGUGCCGGGAGGUGGCGGCGUUGCCACAGCAGCGGCGGGGCCGGUGGCGGUCGGGGCGCGCUAUGGAGGGGCUGGAAGGUGAGGUUACAGUGCAAACUGGAGAUCUGUUGCCAUGUAGGAUUUGUGGAAGAACUUUCUUUCCAGCAGCACUGAAAAAGCAUGGACCCAUUUGCCAAAAAACUUCUGCCAAGAAAAGGAAGACAUUUGAUUCUAGCCGACAGAGAGCAGAAGGAACUGAUAUUCCCACAGUAAAGCCUCUUAAGCCACGGCCAGAACCACCCAAAAAACCUUCCAACUGGAGACGAAAGCACGAAGAAUUUAUAGCAACUAUACGAGCAGCCAAAGGACUUAAUCUUAAAGAUGGUGGAAAACUCCCUCCACCACCUCCACCAUCAUAUGACCCUGAUUACAUUCAGUGUCCAUAUUGUCAGAGGAGAUUUAAUGAAAAUGCAGCUGAUAGACACAUCAAUUUCUGUAAGGAACAAGCAGCACGUAUUACUAAUAAGGGGAAACUGGCAGCUGAUACCAAAGGAAAGCUUCCUACUCGAACACAGUACAAACCUGCUGCACUUAAGAAGAUGCCUUCUGUAGGAUCAACACCAUCGUCAUCAUCACGCUUACCACAGCCAAGUGGUGUUAGCAAAACUGUUGUAGGUGCCUCUUCAAAUAAAGCACUAUCUUCAUCUGGAUCGAGUGGGAGCAAAAUUCAGUCAUUAUCGCCAGCUCAUAAAAACUCAUUGGGAAUGGUGAACCCACAGGCAGGUAAGAUGGACAAGUUAGGCCCACCACUGCGAACUGGAAGAGAUGUGCAAAGGUUUUAUGACACUGAUACAAAAACAGACAGUACCAUCAAAAGACCAAAUGAGUUGUUGCCUAUGAAGAAAGGCGCAACAAAAACACGGACGUCAACCCCUCCUAGUGUGGCAAGAACCAUGAGCACAGGUGCUCUAACAAACAAAAGAAAAACUAGCAAUUCAGACAGUUACUCAAGGUCUGACAGUAAAAUCGGGUAUGACAGUGGAGACUGCCCAUCCUCAGUCAACGGAGGAAGUUCAAAAAGCAGCGAAGGAAAUUCACCUGUACAGUUAUCAAAGUUCUGCCAUGAAUGUGGAACAAGGUAUCCAGUGGAAUGGGCAAAGUUUUGCUGUGAGUGUGGAAUUCGAAGAAUGGUUGUGUGAACACAUUCUUAAAAGCGAAAAGAAAAUGAGAAAUUGGAAGCAUCUGCUAUGUACUGCUGCAUGGAAAGCUAGAGCACUCCUUCCAGUUAAACUUCAUGCUGCAAACAUGUUGAAACAUCAUAUUGUAAUUUUCUGAGUGCAAUCUUCUGGUUACACAGUUAUUUAUAAACAAAUAUAUAUACUGUAUAUAAAAAUAGCAGGUACCUAAAACUGUGCCAUUCGAGGAAAUACUCUUUAAUCUCUGUUGGAAAUAUUUAAAAUUAAGGUUAAAAUGUGUUAAGUAACUUAGGUAGCAGAAGUGGUUCAGUGUUCUUUUUCUUGUAAAUCCUACUAGAUAAAGGAUUAUCUAAAUCACUUAUGUAGGAAGAUACUUACCCAUAGGGAAUUAGCCAUGAAGAACUUGGGCUUCAAAAGUUUCUCUGUGGAGGCAUUUCCUUCGUAUGUGAUAGUAACUUAGACACUGUGUUCUAAGUGAAAACAAUGAGCUACUCCCUAUAAAUUCCUAGUUAAAAGUGUAAAAAGACUGGAUCUCUUUAAAGUCUUUUAACAGUAAUAUCCUAAUUGGACUUUCCAGUUACUUCCUAGGAUUUUUUUAAAGACUCAAAGUAGAAAAACCAUCUGAAAAUUCUGUUUGCAUAUAAGAAGAAAAGCAAGAUUUAUGUUUGUGGCUUUCCAUGUUCUGUUUUCCAUAAGAACUUGUUAAUAUUUUAAUGUAUUUAUAAGUACAAAUAUGGUAUCCUCAUUUUAUUGUUCCUUUUAUUCAGAAGUACUUGUCGUCUUUCUCCUGUGCUCCACCAUGACUAGCAUAUCUGAAGUUCCAUGCUUUUUAUCUUUAAAGGUCUCCAAUGGUCCCAUUCUUUUUUUACCUAUUCCUCAUUUUCUGAAGGAGAGACAAAGUCUAUACUUACCGUACCUAAAUGUUGAACUCUUAUUUUGAAAACAGCCUUCUUGAUGUAUCCAAUACAAAAAAAGACUUCCAUAAAAAUGUAUGUUAUUAGAGCAGUAGAACUUGAUGUAAGUAGUGACUGUUUUUUAUUCUUAUUCCUGUGCAAAUAGCACAGCUUACAUAUAAGUGCAUAAUGGAGCAACUGUGGUCCACAGGUUUAUAUGUCUAUACCUUAUAUGAUUUUUUUGCAAUUCUGUGCAUUCUUGGGCUCUGAACAGCAGCCUCUUCAAGUUAGUAACAAACUUCACAUUAAUUCAUUGGGAAGAAGAGUCAGGCCCUGGAAGUUGUUGUUGUUUUUUAUAAAUUACACAGGAUAUUAAAACCAUUCACAAGCUGAAUCACUUGUAUCUGAAUGUAAUAAUUUGUUUUGUGAAGUUUUGUUUUGAAGUACUGGCACCAUCUUAGUUACGCGUGGAAGAACAAUCUGAAAGAACUUAAUUGUGCCUUUCCCACAAGACAUACACUCUUUUUGUCAGAAAUGGUUACUUUCAGCUCACAAACACCAUUAGUAUCAAUUUAUGUAAUUUCAUUGUGGCUUAUGCAAAAUAUAAUGUAGUUUUCCAUGAUAGUAUUACAAUCAUUGUUUGCAUUUUCAAAACUGUGAUUACUAUCACUGGGGCCAAUUAUGAAGAAAACACGAUUGAAGAAAAGCAUUUCCAAAGCAAGUACUAGUCUUGGAAGAUGAAAGAUUUAAGAGACUUGAUGUAGUCAUGUUGCAGGCCACAAACUAUUGAUGUUUUAGAAUUAGUUCAAUGGCAUGGAAUUGUCUUAUACUUUUUAUACAAAAUUAUUUUUAGAAAUCGUCCUUUCAGUCUGUGUAGUCUUCUUAUAAUUUGUGUAACUUGGCUACUGAGCAUGGUAGGAUGGAUGACUGGUAAUGAUAGAACUGGCAAAUCUUAGCCAAAUUAUCUUCUAGGUAGUUUAGGUUCUAGGAUCCAUAUUUUGGCACAUUCAUAUCUGUACUUGGAAAAAUUGGAAUCCUGCAUCCUUUGCAUAGAGAAGCCUGGUUUAGAAAAUUUGCCCUGGACUUGGGCCAGGGACAUCUGCAGACUGAAUUACUGCAAGCUGAGUGCCCAUCAGCAAAGAUCCAUCUCCAGAAUAGGUUUGAUCAGUUAGUGAAUCUACUGAGGAAUCAAUUCCUUUGUCUGACUUGAUGAAUUUCCAGUUCUUGUUUCUGCUGGAAAAAUGCAUUUAGCAUGUAUUGAGAGUGCUUUCUACAAAGGGAAAGUUUAGUAAGGAAAUAAGGAUAUGUCUUCCAGGUUUUCCAGGAUUGCUGUAAUUGUAGAAAAAACAUAUUGGCUGUUUCUCCUUGGAACUGUAGGUGACAGGUUUCCUAGUUUUAAAUCAAUCCACAUACAGUUACCGUAACUUUUGCUUUUUGAGCUGUUUGUGUAACCCUCUGCUUCCAAUGCACCGUUUAGUAAAUUGAGUGACACAUCGUUCACUUUGUUUACAUUUCUAUGAUUUAUAGCAAGAACUAGACAAGGUAUUAACCUAAACUGAAAGAAGAAGUUUAAAAAUAUUUCCUUAGCUUUUCACUUGGUCUUACAAGAAGGUCCAUUGAACAUAAAUGACUGCUGAUAGUAACAUUGGAUAAUGUGUAUGAGUUUGAUUCUAUAAUAAAGAUAAGCAGACAAUGAAAAUAUAAUUGACUAUGCAGUUUAUUACUGUAUAGUGAGACUAUCAAGAGGCGUAAUAUGUUUCCGCUUCAACAACUGUUUUUGUUACUGAAUGACACAGGUUUCUAAAGUCUUUGAUGUUACCAACAGUCGAUUGUAUCACACAGGUUAUCAGCACAGAUCACUGUAAUCCCAUCUCAGUGGAAUGUUUGUUAGGAAAUCGUAGAUUUGUUUUCAUAAUGCCCCUGCUGAACUGAAUAGGGGAAGCAUUUUUUUAAUAUAUUUAAAGAAAAGAUAAACUAUUAGGGGAGAUGGACCUUGAAUUUUGAAUCUUCAAGUAUGUUACAUGUGUAGACAGUUCCUGAAUUUAAUUUAUGAAUGACUUAGGUCCAAACUCUCUUGCCCUAGUCUUCCCCCCGCCUUUAUGCCUUGGUUUGCAGGGGAGGAUACAUAUACUGAAAGGGGAAGGUUCCAAAAUGUCUCAAGAAUCAAAAUAUAUAUAGUUGUGAAGAUAAAACCCCUACGUGAACUAUGCACCGCUGAUUCACUACACUGAUUGAUGAUCCUCAACUCAGCUAGUGUCAUCCCCUGUAUGCCUUGUUGACAGGUAUUUAACUUAAAAGUCUAAAUUCCUUAGAGUUUAUGUGUAAAAUUAGGAUUAUGUGAUUACUGCAUUUAGCAUCUGUCUUUGCAGUUUUCUCUGUGUGUGUGUAUAUAUAUAUAUAGUGUGUGCAUGUGAACACACAUGUAUUUUCUGAGAACACAUAAGUUAUACAAAUGUAGAAGUUGCUUUGUUAAAGCAGAGUUGGUACAAAACAGGACUGAAUGCUACUGGAGGAGUGUGAAGCCUCAGACAGUGGACUAAUGUAGUUACUAUCCAUUUAAAGUGAAAUCUAUUGCUGUGAUUUUUUUAAUGAUUUCUAUACCAAUGUCUGACCCUAUGACAGACAUUCUUUUACCGUCUGCCACUGUAUCUUCUUAAUGUGCUUAUUGAGGUUCUUCCAUUCAAUUAAAGAGACAAAAAAAGAAAAAAAAAAAGUAAAAUUCCAUCUAAAGAAACAAGAAGGCUGGUUUUGAGGUGUUUACAUUCCCAUUCUGCUUUUGUGGAUAUCUGUUAUCCAAGGGACAGCUCUAUGCCAGAAAGGCACUACGCUUAUUUAAGUGCAAUGGAGUUACGAGAAAUGCCAGCUUCAGUAGUAAAAACAACAUAGCAUAAGGCUUGAUCUUUAGAUGAUGUAUCUUACACAGGUUUAUAUUUAUGCAUGAUACUCACACCCCAGGUAGUUUCAGAACUGGAAUCUCUAAAUAUACAGCAACUUAUGUAUAUGGUUAUAUGGAUAUAGUUAUACCCUCAGUCUUACACACCACUCUAGGGAAGCGGGCAGGGGGAGGUGCUUUACCACCCUUUCAGCUUGUACCUAUGAAAUGAACAUUUAGGCAGAGUUUUUCAAAUUUGCCAAAGAGACUCCCAAGAGCCCUUAACCUCCUGGGGGGCUCUGAAGAGCUCAACCCGAAGGGUUGGUUCCUUGGCCGGGAAAGGAGAUAGUGGUGGGUGAGGAGCUCUCUGUGCGGGGAGCUCUCUGGUUGGGGAGCUCUCCAUGGUGCUCCGGCGCUCACCCUCUUCCCGCAGUGCCUCAGGUAGCGAGGUCCUCAGGCUUGUAACUCCACAAUGUGUUUUAAAACCUGACUUGAUCUUCAAGUGUCACGGAAGCUCUCUGUCAUCUGAGAGAGACUAGCUCCUGAUUCAUCAUUGCAACUGAGAGUGAGCGCCUGAAAUGCAGUGUGCAAAGAGAACAUUUUUAUGAUGCACGCUUAUCAAAUCAGUGGAAGGAGGUACGACUGCAGUAGUGUAAAUGCUUAUAAACAAGGCAUGUAGCAGUGCGAACUGAUGUAGGCUAUGUAAUUAGUCUGAGUAUAAAAUGAAAUGGUAUUGUCUGUGUAUUGCAAAGUUCUCAAGAAGUGCUAGUUUCCAUCACAUAGACUUUGUAUUCUGCAAAGAACAAACUUGUUAGAAGUUUGGUUUUUUUUUAAUCUUGGCUGACAAAUUUGUGUUUCGUAAGAGCGUCUUUUGCAACUUUAAUUCUUUUCAGUUUGACUAAGCUAUGAAUAAUUGUAUGGGUUGUAUGACAGGGUAGAAUCUUCAUCUUUGGUGAAAUUUGUUUUGGUGACUGGUGAAAAUAGUUUUAUUGCCUUUCAAGUACAGCUCGUUCCAACUUGAUAUGGUUUUGUUGCUUUUUUUUUUUCCUUCAACUCACUGUGUAAGGUUUGAGUUACCUAAUUGUGUUGAAAGAAAUGUUAGGUAAAAGAUUCUCUAGCUGUAUUCAGCAGUUACUUGGUUAAUAUUUUCUUUCUGAUAUUCACAAUAUAAGACAUUACUCUUGCAUACUAGUUCAGGGUUGUUGUUGGAUUUUUGUUAUGUCAUUCCAGAAUGCACAUUUCUGGAGGAUCCUACUUAACCCCAUUCCAUUUCAUGUUGCCAGAAAACAGCUUAUUCAGAUUUUUUCUUAAUUAGUGUUUCUUCUUUAGUCAGCAAAUCAAAUAUUCAGUUUAAUAUAGCUGAAUAUUGAACUUGAGAUCUAAAUAGUAGUGCAUGGUUUACCUUAGCUCUACAUUUGUAUUUGGAUUUCUGGCAGAAGCGUGAAUGGAUUUGGGUCUGAUCUUUAAAGUGCUGAGUAUUCUAUGACUGUUACAAUACCUACUUUACAUGAUUGCUCUAACUUUUGGUGUUCAUCCUUAAUAUGAUAUUUAGUAUGUAUCUUCAUAAGUUUAUUUAUUGAUGUUCUAUGGUUUUAAAUGAAAUGUUCAUUCAUGUGUUUGAGGUGAUUAAUUUUGUCAACAUUGCAUUUAUUAUGUUUGCCUUGCCCCUCAGUACAUUGAAUAUUUUUGUUUGUGACCAUCCGAUGUUUUUUUGCAGAAUUCCUGGGUUUGUCUGCAUCUUAUUUGGUAUAUUAUGUUUAUUUUAAAGUGUCAGUUCUGUUUAAUAAAUGUAAAUCACCACCCAAUGCUUAUUUGCCACUCGUUAACAAUAAAGCAAAUAUGCCAAUAAA